AGCUGCACUAGUCCUGAGAGCCACCAGCUCAGAGAAGUAGUCCAGCCACACCACAACAACCCACCAGCCUGACUCCUGCAGCUGCAGCACACACCGUCUGCUGCCAAAGAUAUUCAUAUUCAGUCAAAUAAGUGACGGCCUCCUGUUUCCGCUGUGAGAUCUCUGAGCUGAACUUAGGUUAUUCAGAUCACAGCAGCUUGUUACACCUGAGACUCAUCAGCACUGAUGGUGAUGAUGAUGGAGAUGCAGCAACACUCGCACAGAUUUCUGGUACUUCUCCUCAUGGUCUUCAUCUGUGGGAUAGCUCUCUCUGGCCCAUCGACUCCCCGCAGGAGCAGAGUGAGACGCCAGAACAUGAAAGUCCGCAUCAACGCCACAGGAGACACCAUCGUAAUGAAGUUUCUGCUCCCCAACGCUGACACCAAGCUUGAGGGCUACAUCCUGGGCUACGGCAGCAGCAUGUUCUCCAAGCAGUUCAUUCAGCUGCCCGAGAACGGACAGCCAUAUGAGACUGAGAUUGAUGCUGAGCCGAAGUACCUUAUCGCCGUCAAGCCCAUUCCAACCAACGAGGUGAAAAAACAGUGCACAGGUAAAGUGGAACUACAGAAGCCGUUGCACGUGGUCAUUGGGUCGGUAACACCCACUUCAGUCCUUCUGUCCUGGGGGACCCUGCUGAAAACCCCCUAUGAAGCCAAUGUCAUGAAUGACUGUCUGGAGGAUGGACACUACACAGUGCGUUAUCGUGAGAGGAACAGGAAGUGGAACUACCAGACCUGCCCAACCAGUGACACAGUCAUUGACAACCUGAAGCCCAACACCGUCUAUGAGUUUGGUGUCCAGCCCAGCUCGAAAGAUGGCACUGGAGAGUGGAGCAAGCCGGUCAUUCACAACAUCAGCUCAGGGGGCAUAGAGGAAAAGACCAUCAGGAAACUCUUUAAACGGCCCCCCAGCCCUGUGAAACCUUUAACACCAGGUCCACACUCCUUCCCCUUUCCUCCUCGCCAUGUUCACCAUAACAGGACCAGACUGUCCUCCUCCCGGAACAUAGCUCCAAAGACAACUCUUGCUCCAACCACAACUACUAGACAUGAAACUACGUCAACCCCGGGACCCACACUGCCUGUUGUCACCAAACGGCCAAUCGGAAAAGGAAACUUCUCCAGAUCUGUCUUGCUUCCUUUCCUGGAGGUCACCUUAGCCCCCAAGCUCCGUCCUUCACCACACUUUACAGCCACCAUGGCGUCUGUACAAGUCCCUCAGACAAAUGUGGAGAAACAUGGAGUGCAUCCUCUGAGUCAACCACAACAAAAGCCCCAGUCCCAACCUUAUGUAAAGCCUCAACCAAAACCCCUCCUCUGGCCAGAGUAUCGACCGCUACCACAACCACAUCCACAAACCCCAAAACCUCAGCUUAAGCCCAAGGUGAAGGCUCAGCCUCAACCGCAACCACGACCUAAACAUAAACCUCAACCUCAACCAGAACCUGAACCAGCAUCCCAGCCCAUUCUCAAGAACCAACCACAAGCAACAUCCCGGCCCAUACACCAGAACCAACCACAAGCAACAUCCCAGCCCAUACACCAGAACCAACCACAACCAACAUCCCAGCCCAUAUUCCAGGCCCAACCCCAACCUCGCACAACAUUCAAGCCCAUCUUCCAGACCCACCCCCUACCCCAGCCCAAAGCCCAACCAACUUUCAAGCCUAUACUCCAGACCCACCACCAAUCCAAAGCCCGACCAACAUUCAAGUCCAUACUUCAGACCCAACCUCGGCCCCAACCCAGACCAACAUUGAAGCCCAUAGUCCAGACCCAGCCCCUACCCCAUCCCCAAGCCCAACCAACAUUCAAAACCAUCCUCCAGACCCACCCCCUACCCCAGCCCCAAGCCCAACCAACUCUCAAGCCUAUACUCCAGACCCACCACCAAUCCAAGGCCCAACCAACAUUCAAGUCCAUACUCCAGGCCCAACCCCAACCCCAACCCAGACCAACAUUGAAGCCCAGACUCCAGACCCAACCCCAAGCCCAACCAACACUGAAGUCCAUACUCCAGACCCAACCCCAACCCCAACCCCAGGCCCAAGCCCAACCAACAAUUAAGAGUAUACUCCAAACCCAAUCCCAACCCCAAACCCAACCAACGUUCAAGCCCAUACUCCAAUCCCAACCACAAUCUGAAAUCUCACACCAUCCCCAACCCCAAUCAACAUCCCUGUCCAUACCUCAUGUGCAACCUCGAGCCCAAUCAACAUUCCAGCCCAUACUCCAGACCCAACUUCUGUUACAAUCUCGGCCAAAGUCACAUCCCAAAUCACAGCCUCAAACCACAACCCAGCUCCACGGUGAACCACAAUCUCACCCAACACUCAAGUCCAAACACCAGGCCCGACCACAAUUGCAUCUAAACGACCAGACCCAGCGUCAACUUCAAUCAACUCCCAAGCUCACAACUGUGGCAUACCGUCAAACAACUCAACCAACAUUCCAGCGCAUAGCUCUGACCCAACAAGCACGCCCAAAGAAUGAUAUCCAGCCCCAACCUCAAUCUACAACACAGUCACAAACCCAACCUCCACAGAAAAUCCCCCUAGAGCCUCAACUUACCACCAAGCAGCAGUCUCUGGUCCAACCAACAACUAAACCAAAGACACCCUUUAUCCAAACAAAGCCUAACACACAACCUCAACCCAAGAGCCAAUCCAAACCAAAAAAAGAAUCUCAACCCCAGAGCCAACCCAAGCAAAAAGCACAGCCUAAAACAAAAAGCCAAUCAAAGCCUCACCCACCAUCUCAACCAAAAAAGCAACCAAAGCCCAAAACAAACUACCACCAACAACCUCACAUACAGAUUCAGCAAGGAUCCAAACAGCAACCUCAAACAAGAACCCACACCAAACCUGUCAUUAAUUCUCAACCCACCCCCCUGCCACCAAGGAAUGAAACUAAGUCCCAACUUGAACAUCUACCCAAGCCACACCCUGCAUCUAGGCCCCAACCACAGCCUCGAACACUUCAGUUUGAUUCUCAGACCAGGACCUACCCUGAACCCACCAAGGUCACCCCAAGGCAGGCUGUCCCUACGGCUCCUAGUCCACCAGAAGAGGGCAAGCCUCUACCACUUCCUGUCCUGGCUACAGAGAAGUCUGGUAGAUACGAUCAGGGUACUGGCGUCCUCAGAUCAUCUGUUGCCGAAGUUCCCCGUUCUCCCAUUAGCUCAUCAGUUACUCCAGCAGGAAGGAACACUACGCUGUCUCGCCCCCGGGUUCCUCCUCAUUCCACUCGUAAUAGUGUCCAACCAUUUCCUCCAUCCAAGACAUUCACCACCUCUCUAAGCUCCAGCACACCUGGGGCCGAUGGGGCGCAUCAUAGGGGAAUUGCUCUCCCUAAACCUGUGGUAUGGUCCAAAGAGAAACCUGUUCUGCGUCCCUCUAUUCCUGUCAACAAGAGACCCAACCUGGUGGGGAAACCUACUGACCAUGAUAAACCCAUGGACCUGAAACAAGGAGACAAGGAGUCCAUCUUGAAGCCAUUCGCUCUGGUCACAGCCAAGCCCAAGCAAGAGCGCCGGCAGCAGACGACCACCCCCGCCUCCGCAGUAAACAGCAGCCGAUUUGACAUAAAUGAAAACUCCUCCAUAUUCAGGCCCUUGCCUACGUCAGAGGUUGACAUCAUGGGCAAGAAGCGCUUUACAGCCCCCCAUGUGAUCUACAAGACUGAUAAGAAGCCUGAUGAGCCGUGCUCCAUCACCUCAUCCCUCGCUUACUUCCCUGAUGAGGAGGGCAGUGAUCAGAAUGUGACUGGUCCUCCCCGCAUACCUCCGUCGAACCUCACCGUGGUCACUGUGGAGGGCUGCCCGUCGUUUGUCAUUCUUGACUGGCAGAAAUCUGACAACGAAACCAGAGAGUAUGAAGUCGUAUCCACAGAGAAAGGACCGAAUGGACGAGAGGUGUCCAUACUGACAACCAACCAGACGCACACGGCUGUGGAGAAUCUCAAACCGGAGAGCAGUUAUGAAUUCAAAGUAACACCAAAGAAUGAGCUGGGAACGGGACCCUCCAGUGAUCCUGUGUCUUUCAGCACAGAGUCAGCGGAUCCACGAGUGAGCGAAUAUGUGUCAGGCAAAGAUGCCAUCUGGACCCAGUUCCCAUUUAAAUCCGAUGCCUACUCUGAGUGCAAUGGAAAGCAGUUUGUGAAGAGAACUUGGUACAGGAAGUUUGUGGGCAUCCAGCUCUGCAACUCUCUGAGAUACAAGAUCUACUUGAGUGACUCCCUCAAUGGUAAGUUCUACAACAUCGGCGAUCAGACGGGACACGGUGAGGACCACUGUCAGUUUGUGGACUCCUUCCUGGAUGGACGCACCGGCAGCCAGAUGUCUGCUGACCAGCUACCCAGCAGGCUAGGGUUCUUUAGAGCAUUGAGGCAGGAACCUGUCCACUUCGGGGAGAUUGGAGGGAAGUCACAUGUUACUUACGUUGGCUGGUACGAGUGCGGCACCCCCAUACCUGGGAAGUGGUAAGACCCCAGGAGGCUGAUCCAGGAAGGAUGACUUCCUCGGUGGUGAGCGAGAUGAAGACGCCCGAUUUGGCCUGACGGGAGGUGGGCCUUUCUUUCAUGUUACCCGGGACACUUUAGGCAAGUUCUGCCUUCCCUCCCAGGUAUGAACCUGUACAGGACUUUUAGGUGUCAUCGACCUCUAUUGAGUGCAUUUGUAACAUUGGUCUUGACUUCUGUAUGUAUCGAAAAAAAAUGUCACAGCACAUGAAGAAUGCAGGAGCUGAAGUGAACCGAAAUAUUGAAUAUACAGUAAUCACAGAGAAAAUGUUGGGAAGCUGGCUCCCACAGUGUAAUGACUUGUAUGAUAUUAUUUAUGGGGGGAUCGUUGCUGAAUAUUCUGUACGCUCUGGGCUUUUGACAUAAGAAAGUGAAAACUGUUUCCAGUACUUGCGUGUCAGUGAGCACACACGUGUACAGAAAAGUGCCAAUCAGACUUUCACUGUACAUUUAGAGUAUGUUACACAUAGACAUGCAGAAUUGACCUUCUGCUGGCCCUAAGGGAUUAUUAGCAGUUGCAGUUUGCACAGUAUUAAACUUUUGUUCAUAUAUGUAUAUUGUGUGAAGUACAAUUUGUAUUCCAGGGAUCAUAUAGUUUCAUAUACGUCAAAUAAAACAUCAAAUCAGCCUCAGCUAAAUUGUUGCUCUAUUGUUAGACAGCUUGAGUCCAGUGGAAACAAGAGAUUUACGUAUUUGUGAUGCUUGAAAAUGACAUAAGCAAACUACAUAAUUUGGUAAAACUAUACAAUAACCAACAUUAUUAAAUGGGAAAUGUAUAGUUAAUUAAACAUUGUUAUUUAGUAAUUAGCAAACAGUGAAAGACUUCAUAAAUCAUUUACUUACCAAAUACAAAGGUUUAUGAACAUAAGUUGUAACUUCAUAUUAAAUGAUUGAAUAAAUGGAUUAAGUAUUUCAUUAACUGAUAUCUUAAGUUUAAUUAACAAUACAUUUACUAUCUAUUGAUGGUUAUUCUAAAGUGUUACCAAUAAUUUAUGUGAUUGUGUUAAAAUUGAAGUGUACAUAAAGCUAUAAAUAACAGGAGAGAAGUCACAAGUUGUGUCAUGACUGCCGUUUUGAUGCACCGUGUAUGUUUUCAGCAAUAAAUCUUGUUUUUAUAUUGACUGACA